CUUUGAGUUGGUCCAGGCCGGGUAGAAGGUUUCACCACCGCACGCGGGCUUGUCCAUCGGCUUGGGGUUUCUUAUUGGAGGCACCGAUCGAGAUCGACCAGGAACCCGUCAUUUUGACUUGGCUGCGCAGGAGCUGUUCCCCCGCCAGGCACAACGCUGUGGAGAAGGUGCCGCCCAGCGAUGAUUGCGGUUCGACGUCAUCGCUGUCUCACAGCUCUGGUGUCGCAUACUGCCUCGCUAUAACUCUGUGUCAGAGACCCCUCGUGUAGCCGGGGCUUCUUGCCUCUCGUUGCCCAGCCUCAAUCGAACGAGCCAUCAAAAUCCAAAAGUGCCAUGGCUGAACAAGACCGCUUCGGCACCCACUUUGGGGCCGACAAGACCGGCGCCAUCAAAGACCAUGUCGAGGAUCACGUAACCCAGACCAUCCGGGACCACAAGCUUCCCCGAGGCUCCGGAGCCGAGCAGGACCGCCUCGGCGGCUGGUUCGGCGGCAAGGUGCCAGAAGAUACCCACGUCUUUGACAAGCUGCCCCGCGCCUCUGGUGCCGAGCAGGACCGUUGGGGCCACUGGUUUGGCGGCAAGGCCCCGUACGACGCGAGGCGUGCAAAGGAGUUUGUCAAGGACCUCGCCGGGACGUCCGGGGCCGAGCAGGACCGCUACGGAUCCCACUUUGGCGAAGAGAACCUGCCCUCUGCGCGCGACGUCGUGGACAAGGUCACCCCAGCUGCCGACAAGGACAGAGUGGGCGGCUGGUUCCGGCGCGCCAAGGAGUCGAUCCCGUCCCUGGACGAUGUCAAGGAGACGCUGCCCCGGAGCUCGGGGGCCGAGCAGGACCGCUUCGAGUCGCACUUCGGCCGGCGCCCGACCAACCCCAUCCCCCCCGUCAACGCCACCGCUAUCGGCCUCUUGCAGUCUGCCAUCCUGCCAUCCUUCGCCUUCCACUCUGGGCUUUCCACGGUCGCCUACGCCGUCGCCCGGUACACGGACCGCGCCGAGGUCAAGGACUACCUGUGGCCCGCGGGCAUGACUGCCAAUGCCUGGUGGAGCGCCAUCGGCACGCGCGUCGUCUACGACGGGCUCUCCGUCUCCCACGCCUGGAGGACCCUGACCUACCCACAGAAGCUGCUGCUCACGGGCGUCACCGCCUGGGGCGUCCGGCUGCUCUACCGCGUCGCCUCCCGCAGCCUGAGGCGCGGCAAGGACGACCCGCGCUACGUGACCGCCAAGAAGAAGGACCCGGCCGGGUUCUGGAACAAGGCCCUGCUGGGCAUGUUUGUCCCCGAGGCCGUCGCCCAGACCAUCGUCUCGCUCCCGUUCACGCUGCCCUUCCGCGCCAGCCUCGAGAGCGUCGCGGCCUCGCCCGACGUCAGCUACAAGUCCCUCGACACCACGAUCGGCGUCUUCCUCUUCUCGGCCGGCUUCGCCCUCGAGGUCCUCGCCGACACUCAGCUCGAGGCCCACAAGGAGAAGAACAAGACAGACCUGAACCGCGACGGUGUCUGGAGCAUCGUCCGCCACCCCAACUACCUCGGCGACACCCUCAUCCACAUCUCCUUCCCCUUCCUCCUGCUCGGCGCCAGCGCGAUGCACCCGCUCACCGUCCUCGGCCCCAUCGCAAACUACCUGUUCCUGCGGUACGUCGGCGGGGACCGCGAGAACGAAGAGAGCCAGGAGGAGCGCUACACCAAGGGGGCCGGCGCGAACCCCGUCAAGGCGCAGCAGCUCGCCGAGUACCGCCGCGACAAGAACAGCUUCUGGCCCGACGUCAAGGAGCUGCAGAACCAGUGGACUUGGGUGGUCGUCGGGGCGGGCGCGGCCGGUGUGGUCAUCGAGCAGGGCGUGCGCGCGUGGCUGCGCGGGUGAAACUUUUGAGGUCCAAUUUCUUUAAGAAACGGUUUCCUCUAGUCAAAAAGUAAAAGGGAGAAGGGCGGGGGGUUGUAAGGAAAUGCUUUCAGCGCGCGGCCAGCAGAGAAAAGCGCACACGCAUGUCCCAAAGAGUUUCGCACGUGCCGUCUGUAUGAUAACGUUCUAAGAAAGAUCUGGCCAUGUCGGAAGCGGCA